AUGUCCUCCUCUGGAUUUGAUAACAAUAAUUCUCAUCAUAAUGUCAACCAUAAUUUGAUCAGAAAGAGAUCACCGAAUCGGAAUGUUGGAUUGAAUCCAGCUAGUUUGGAUAAUAGUAACGUUUCGGCGAGCUCAAGACCGUCGUCGGGAUCUUCCGAAAAGAUGUUGUUCAAUAAGAACAAUUUGCAAUUAAUGUCAAAUAAUAGGAAAAACUUGAAUUCUAAAAUACUUUCCAAGCCUUCCAUAAUUCACAGUUCAGUUAAUAGUAAUUUGAAUGGGAUGGGAAUUCUUGCACCGAGAAAAAACGAAAGUAAGAGUAGAUCCAAUUCCCCUCCGAAACCAAUUCACAUCAAUGAAGAUGAAGACAUACCUGAGAAAGAUGAUCUUACUAUUACGCUGUUGUCUCGAUUGAAAAAAUUAGAACAAACAUGCUCGGAACAAAAAAUUCUACUCACCUCUCGAGAAUCUACAAUUAAGGAUCUUCAGGACGUUAUUCACAAGCAAAAAAUACAAAUAGAAAAACAGAAAAAAGAUCUUGAUCAGCAACAAAGCACCAUGAACACAAUGCUUAGAGUACUUGAUGAUCAUGACAUCAAACAUCCUUUUAACUCUUCCUACAAACCUGUAAAGAAUAAUACUUCAUCCAUAACACCAGAAGUAGCAGUACCGUCCUCCGUUACACCUCCACAAAUUACUGAUGACGACAUGGGCCCUCACAUCAACAUGAAACUACUUGAGCAACGAGUUCAAGCUUUGAAUAAGAUGAUAGAUGAUGAAGAAUUGAUGGAAGUAUCUAAAACGAACAGCAAUGUUAAACAGCUUAAACAAAAACCUGUGAGCAUUGUGACAUUCUGGAAGAAUGGAAUUGUGGUUGAUAAUGGACCUUUCAAACCCUACAAAUGGCAAAUCACGAAAGCUUUUUUGACUGAUAUUUUGGAUGGCUACUUUCCGUACGAGUUUAAAGAGAAACAUCCGGAUGGCGUUAAAUUGAAAAUUGUAGAUAAAACAUCCGAACCAUUUUCUAAAACAGUGGAACGAUCGAUUGGAAAAUCGAAUUAUCUCAAAGACAACAAUUCCAAUAUCGUGAGUCUGGACUAUUUGAAAUAUGUGGAAGAAAAUGGAAAACCAAACGCACCUCUUGACAAGGAGAAAUUCCUCAAUCUGCUUCCAAAGCAAGUGGUAAAGAAUGGAAAAUUAAUACCCAUUCGUGAAGAUAUUGAAAAAGUCAUCUCGGGAGGAAAUGGUGACACUAAGAGCUCAUCAACUGAAAAAGAUUCCAUCGUAGAGAUUCGAGAUGAAGACAUCACCACCCAACAACAAGUUACCUCGAAAGAUACUUGUAUCAUCAAAUUGAGAUCGUCAUCAGGUCAACAAUUCAUGGUCUACAUUUCGAAACACAAAACCAUUCGAGAAUUAAGGCAAUUGCUCUUGCCUUAUCUUUCCCCAAAUAGUUCUUUCCGCUUGAAAGCCAUCCCUAACACCUUCUUUGACGAUGAAUCCUCCACUCUUGAAACUUGUAAAUUGUAUCCAAAGGCCAUUCUCAUGAUUUUGAUGCAGGAUUAA